AUUUUAGCAGUGGUAAGUGACCUGCAUGCCUUUGAGCCAACAUGCAUGGAGACCCUAGAGUUCUAUGUCUGCCUGGAGCAGCUGCUAAGCUCGACCGAUGCCAGGUCGCCUCUAGCCUGGAAGAUCAUAAGCCUCUUAGCUCACAUAUGCCGUUCACCAACCAUACGCAUAGCUCUGAGAGACGAGAUCAAGCUGAUGCCCAUCUUAAGUGAAUAUUUGAUUUCUUCAAAGUUAAGCAAAGAUAAAGCUGGCAAAACAUUACAGUUGCUUCAAGAAAUAUCUUACAGGAUAAAGAUUUCACGUGCUGAAGCUUGGGUGCUUCAACUGGUGCCCAUCUUGGUAGAAAUGAUGCUUGACAGUAGCAGUGGGGAUGACCUACUUGUACCAGCUUUAACCACACUUGCAAAUCUCUGUCGUUCCAACCCCCCAGUCCUCACCUGCUUGCAGAAUAAUGGAACCCACAAGGAGCUGAUACAGAAGUUGCUUCAUAUGAAGAACCCCAGUAUAAACCUGCAGCUCCUCACAGCUGAACUAAUUCUCUAUUUGGAGUUGGAGUUACCCAGAUUAGAAAAUGAAAAUUCAUAUGUAGAGCGUAUCUUGGGCUUGAUAUUUACAGCUGCUACAGAUGGUUUUGCGGAGAAUAACCUCUCAACCUUACGACUGGCAGCAGACAUCUUCGGAGAACUCUCAUCCUUUCAUAGUUUAGAGGAGUCUAUUAGAGAGUACAAGAACUACACAACAGGCAUCCAGACACUCCUCAACUUCCUGAACAGUGACAGCCCUGUAGAGUCGGUGGAGGUGCUUAUGGAGCUUCUCUUUUACAUAGUGGACUUGGGGCUCUCACAUUUACAGAAGUUGCACGAGGACAUUUUCCUGAAAUCAGUGGCAUGGAUGCACUCAGAACGCUGUGGAGUCCCUGCACUGCGUCUCAUGAAGAACAUUUUAAUCCUUGGUGACGACUCUGUCAGUUCUGCACACAUUGAUGAUUUUCUUCAAGCAAUAACAGCAUCCCUGGACUUCAGUGAGGCCCUCCACAUAAAUGAACAACAGUUGCACCGAGUGAAUGCAACCCUAACUCUCCUGGAGGGUCUGUGCAUUCGGGAUGUAGCCUUCCGCCUGCGACUGACCAUGGUUCUCACACCGAAGACAUUUUCCAAUCUUUUGAGACUCAUUAUAACCAUGCAUGUUUCCAGUAAUGGGUCUCCGAAUUUGACCUCAUCAACGUCCAGCAGUGGUCUUGAACUCAGUGGAUCCAUGUCUCGCCUUGGCAGUGAUUCGGACUUUACGUCAUUCACAACUAAAGACCCAUCAGUAACAAGGGAAGAGUUGGCUGCACAGUCGGUAAUUUUGGUACUGACUGUGGUGAAGUUGCUUGGUUCACAGAAAGCAGAGUUUAUGCUUGAGUACAGACAGAUGCUGAGUAAUCCAUCCACCAUGAGCCACAUUGUCCGCUGCCAGCGCUCAAAUAAUUCUGAAUUUGUGUCCCGAGCCGUGGAGGUUAUGUGUGAAGGAACAGUGCCAAGUGAAAGUAUGGCUUCCCUCAUCAAAGCCGUUGAAGAGUCUAACUUGUCAACUCAUUCCACGCUGAAUUCUGACUUUGAGCCCAGUAGGAGGGAUGGCACCUACUGGUCCCAUGCCCAGUCCUUCCUGCCAAGCUAUGAGGAGAAGGUCGACAGUAUGAUUGCGAGAUUGAAGGGCACGGUGGAUAAGAUAGAGUUGAAAGACUUAGGCCUGACUGACAUAAUGGAAAUGUAUGAAUACAAGCUGGCAGCCACGGCACAUAUGGAGAUGACAUUGAGAGAUGCGCUGGCAGCAGCCGAUACCCAGAACAGACAAACCCACCAUUCCAUGCUUCAGACACGAGCUCAGAAUGACCAACUUCGAAGUCUCCUGCGCACAUGGGAACAGAAAUUCCAAGCAUCUCAGAAGGACAAGACUGAACUGCAAGCAACCAUUUCCCAAGUGCAGAACUCAGCUAGACAACUGAGAGAGAAUCUGGUGAAGGAAAAGACAGCCAUGGACAGGCAAAACUCCAAGCUGCAGAAGGAGAUGUCAGCCUUGAGAUCAGAGCUUGAUGCUCGCGACGAGAUGAUCCGCAAGUCUCAGAGGAUGUUGAGCGAUGCGCAGAAUGACAUCAAGAAUCUUCAUAAGCAGAUUAAGGAGGAACAAGAGAAAUUCCACAAACUGCAAGAGUGCAACCAGAAGCUAGAUGAUGAACUGAAGAAAGGAAGAAGAGAUCAUGAUGACUUACAGAAGGAGAUAGCAAGACUUGAGAAAGCUCAGGGUCAGAUGAAGAAAGAGAAUUCAGAGCUAGAGCUGAUUAUUAGUAGCCAUGAGAAGACCCUAACUGAGAAGGAAAGUCAACUCGAAGAAAUGACCAGGAAAUUCACAGAGUUGAAGCGUAUUCAAGACAUGAUCCACAAUAUAUCUGCUGGAAAACUGGUGUAGAUUUUCAGCCGUGUGAUGGGGAGUAGGUCAAUGUGUAGUUAAGAAAACUGAAUGUUAGACUCUCCUGCUGCAAAAAUUAAAUAUAUAAAGUAAAUAACCUGUGCAAAAUAUUUUUCUGAUGACUGGUAUUCAUCUGAAAACACUGUUCUUAAUACAAAUUAUGGAGCAUUUCUUUUAACCAGUCUUUUUUAUAAAGUAUAUU